AUGGUAGAACCUGAAGCAAAAUCUCCUGCAAUACCAAGCGUGUUGGUUAAAUUUUGUAAUUUGGACUCCAACAGAUACCUGUUUGUUUCUGAUUCGCAAAGGUCUGGCACAUCCGAAAAAUAUGUUGUGGCAAAAGAAGGAAUGAACGAGGAACGCAACAUCUUUGAGUUGCAAGGGGUUGUUGAAAGACCUAGUUUUUAUAUUUAUAAUCCAACAGCAAAGAAAUAUAUUUGUCUAUCCUCUAAUACAUAUCAAAAUGCCGAUCGAGAAGUUCGAACAUGCCAAGACCGAAAAGAUGCGACGCUCUUUGAUAUUUUGAUCGAUGCUGAGAACAAGUAUUAUAUUUACAACAUCGAAUAUGAUCAAAUGUUGUAUGUUUCGCGAGAGCGUGUAGGAGAUGAUAGUAUUGUUUGGUCUCACAAGCAAGAAUAUAGAGCCGAACUCAGAAGCAAAUUUACAGUGGAACCCGUCCCGCAUCCGGAAAAACUUAAUUUUGUUAAAUUAAGAAAGUUAAGCGGUGAGGAUAUUCGCUACAAUUCUAUGUCAUCGUCAUACUAUAAGCGAAAUACACAGGAUGAUAAACCGGUUGAAGACAAUAUCUUGUGGGCUCUUAAUCAAAAUUGUGCUGAUCUGAAAGGUACAGCAUGGGAUUAUACUUCCAAUAACACACUCCCACAGGACUGGAUCAUGCAAACACCAACUCAAGACGGAAUUCUUUUGAACUCGAUUGAAAAUAUGCUGAAGGAUGCAACUUCAUUUGUUGAUGUGUUAACGCUGAAUAAUAUCGAUGGCGAAUUUCUGAAAAAACUCCAAGAUGCAAUCAACAGUUAUGAAAAACAACAAAAGAAAAUCACAAUUAGAAUAUUUUUAGGAGUUUCUGCGGAUACAAUUCCUGGACAAGGUGUAUCGUGGCUUAAGAAUGUAUGUUUCAAUUAUUAUAUAAGUGAUGCAAAUUUAGGAGAAAAAGUCAAAGAAAUGGCUGCUGCGCUUUCUAAUGAGACGUGCUUGAAGUAUGUGACAAUAAUUGUUGGUGCCGGUGGAAACCCGCUCUAUUUUGGUGCCGAAAGAAGUUUUUUAUCCUUUGCGCUUUGGUGGAACCAUGCAAAAAUUCUCACAGUUGAUGGAAGAGAUGCUUUAGUAGGAGGAAUUAACUUCUGGGGUACAGUUUAUUUGGAUUUGUUUGAUCCUGUCCAUGAUCUCAGUAUGCGAGUGAAAGGUCCAGCUGCCGCAAGUGCUCAGAACUUUAUUGAUCAAUUUUGGAGAAGCAUGAUAAGCAUAGGUUCUUUUGUACGACCUCCAUCAGGUUUCAAAAUAGGGGAAGCGGUAGGGCGGUUUGUGGAGCUAUUAAAAAACAUGACUGAAGCGAAACCGUAUUUUGCUAUUAGUGCAAAUUAUCAAGAAAUGAAUCUGCCGAAAGAUGCUCUUAAAAAACCUCCGAACUAUGAUCCUGUAGGAUUCGUCAAGACUGGAAAUAUAAAGAUAUUUGGAGUUGGACGGCGUGGAGGACAGUAUUGGGGUACUGAACCUGGCGAAAUUGCUCUAGUGGAACUUAUCCAUUCGGCGAAAAAAGACAUCUACUUUUCUCAACAAGGUUUAUAUUAUCCAACUGAUACAGCGUUAAAUCGAUGGGAUGCGUUGACGGAUGCAAUCGUGUGUGCAUUAGUGCGAGGUGUUUCGAUCAAAAUUCUCGUUAGUCGUGUUACAGAUUCGGAGGGGUAUCACAGUGUCGACAGCAGCACUAUCAAGGAUACUAUUCUUGAUCUUGUUCUUGAUACCAUGGGAAAUCAUAGACAUGGUAUGAUGUCGGAUUCUCCUUUUGUCCUAAGUGAUGUGCUUAAACUAGCUGUCAGACAUACGGUUUCCGAAAAAAUCUCGGUUCGUCAUCUUAAAAACAAAAAAGAUGGUAAAUACGCUAGAAAUCAUGCGAAGGUGAUAAUUGUUGAUAACCAAGCCGCUUAUAUUGGCUCUCAAAACGCCUAUCCUACUGAAAGAGCCGUUGCAUUCGAAAUCGUGAUGGGAUAUGCGCGUCUUGACGAAUAUGGUUAUGUGAUUGUGGAUGAAGCAAAGGUAAACGAUUUACUUAAUCAAUAUUGGAAUCCUCUAUGGAAUGCUACAACAGAUUAG